AUGUUUGUCCCGUUCACCAAUAUUGCUCGAGGCCUCGAGUUUUUCGCUGCGCUUGGUUACGUGGCUGCGACAGACCCCAAGCCCAUCGCCCAAGCACCACUCAGACUUAAGGCUCACGACAGCGAGCUUCGUAGCGAGCUUCGUAGACUCUCAGAACGCCUUGCCGAACUUGAAAAUAAGGAGUCAAAGAACAUCACAAAGUUGACAAUGAUCACAUCGAGUGAUUCCAUUCCUACGCAAAAGGGCGUGACCCAUCAAGACGAGACUCCUCGGAACAAAGAGAAGUCCUGA